AUGAAGAAAUCAUCGGAGUCGUCAGAAUUUCCCUUCCAGAAUUACUCGCUGUCGUGGGACGAACGACUUGACGAUCUGAUUUCCCGGCUGCAACUCGAUGAAAUCGUCCUUCAACUGGCUCGCGGUGGAGUGGGUCCCAACGGUCCUUCGCCCCCGAUCCCUCGGCUCGGCAUCGGCCCUUACAACUGGAACACGGAAACGUUCGGCGAGGACCCAUUCCUGGCCAGUGAGAUGGCCAGGGCAUUCGUCAGGGGACUGCAGGAACCUUCCUAUGCCCCGGGAACCGAGGCAAGAUAUCUCCGAACGAGUGCUGGUUGCAAAUUCUUCGGUGUCCAUAACGGUCCUGAAGACUAUCCUUCCUCUAGAUACACCUUUAAUGCAGGGAUAUCAGAGCAUGAUCUUCAUAUGACAUAUUUGCCAGCCUUUCGGGAAUGCGUCAAGGCAGGGGCAUACAGUGUUAUGUGCAGUUACAACAGUAUCAACAGCGUUCCUUCAUGUGUUAAUGAGCGGUUCCUCACUGAUAUCCUCCGGAACCAGUUUGGAUUCAAGGGUUACGUUGUCAGCGACCGGAACGCCUUGGAGUAUGUCCUCCUGAAGCAUGGCUACACCGAAACCCCGCUUCAGACGGCAGUGGCUGGGGUAAAAGCAGGCUGCAACCUGGAGCAGUCUGACUCGGCCGAGAACGUUUACACUAACCUCACCGAAGCUGUCCAAAUGGGCGUGGUAAGCGAGGAUGAACUGAAGCAGUUGGUCAGGCCACUGUUCUACUCCAGGAUGAGACUGGGAGAGUUCGACCCGCCUGGGAUGAACUCAUACUCGAGGUUCAAUGCCUCAGACAUGGUUCAGUGUUUGCAGUACAGGAACCUGGCCCUUGCGGGUGCUAUCAAGUCUUUCGUUGUGCUGAAGAAUGAAAACAAUACGCUUCCGGUCGGUACGAUUCAGAAACUUGCGAUAGUUGGACCUUUUGCCAAUUCUCCAUGGGAUCUUUUUGGAAGCUUUGCUCCCCAGACCGACCCUAGAUUCAUAUCCACACCGUGGGAUGGACUGAGAGGGCUUGGCCAGUUUCAGCGACUCGCUCCCGGCUGCAACAAUCCCACGUGUGACCAGUACAACAAAACGUCCAUCAUGGACGCAGUGGUAGGGGCCGAUUUCGUGAUUGUUUGUUUAGGAACAGGAACUCGGGUGGAAAAUGAGGGGUUGGACAGGAGAAACAUGUCCUUACCUGGUCACCAGUUGGAACUUUUGCAGAAUGCUGUAAAAUAUGCAUUAGGCAAAACUUUGGUCCUGCUUCUCUUCAAUGCUGGCCCGCUGGACAUUUUGUGGGCUGAUCAGAGUCCAGGGGUCCAUGCCAUUGUGGAAUGCUUCUUUCCAGCACAGGCGACAGGGGCAGCCUUGAAAAAACUCUUCACCAACGCCGAUCCAGGCAUGCCGGCAGGAAGGCUGCCAUUCACAUGGCCGGCAUCGCUGGAGCAGGUACCAGCUAUGUCAAACUACAACAUGACGAAUAGGACUUACCGUUAUUUCACCGGUGAACCGCUUUACCCGUUUGGUUACGGUCUGGCAUUCACUCAGUUCAACUAUACCAACUUGACUCUGGGACAGACAACCAUCGACCCUUGCGAUGACCUGAUGGUACAUGUCACUAUGAUAAAUACUGGGAAAUACGAUGGAUACGAGGUCGUGCAAGUCUACAUCAAGUGGCACAAUGCAUCCGUUCCCACGCCCAAAAUCCAGCUGGCUGCUUUUGACCGUUUUAAAGCCACGAUCAAUAACACAGUGACCUUCUUUCUGAAAAUGCCAGCCCGCGUGAGGGCAGUAUUCACGGACGAACUGGUGCUGGAGCCCGGGAUGUUUACUGUCUUUGCCGGUGGUCAGCAACCCGGCCAGAAAAGGCAAGUUGGUUCCAAUGUGCUCAACACAACGCUCACGGUCAAAGGCCCCAUGACCCCUCUUUCAAAUUGCCCAUAGCCAAAAAUUUUGUCUCAAAAUGACUUGACGUUAUUUGGGACACUUCAAAAAUACCCCACGUUACCGUUGUUCCAGACAAAGUCUUAGUAAAUCUCCCUCAUCUGAUGGCCGGGUUUAUUGAUGGCACAACAAACGGCAAAUGUUUGAAAUGCACAGUUGCCUUGUGGACACUGGAUUAUAGUGCAGCUCUUCACAUAAAGUGGAUGACGCAAAGGAUAAAGGCGAGGCAGUGCUGUUCAGUCUUCUAGCAUAAAAACCCUGAUGCUUGAUACAGUGCUGUCAAAUGUGCAGGAGAAUUAUUGGGACAAUGAGAAACAUCCACUGUAGUGGUAAUUAAAUCAGAAAUACAUGGAGAUAUUUCUUCUGUGAUCUUGAGACAGAGUGAAAAAGUAAAAAAAUAGUGUGUAAGAGAUUACCAGGAAUUAUCAUUACGAUUAUUCAUGACCUGCAUGUAACGAUUCCUUUGUGCACAUUCCUGCCGAAGAAAAAUACACAUAAAAGGUGACAGAUAAAUGUUCCAUUUCACUCGGCUUCGAUUGCUCCGUAGAAUGGAACGUUCCAUCUGCCACAAACUGCGCUCACAAACAUUCAUUAUUUGUAUACUAAUUUCAGAAUUAGUGCAAUUUAAUUCUAAAAAGUGCAAGUCCAUCUUCUAACCGUCGUAUACAUGUAUCAGUGCUCGAGUUAUAUUGCAAGUUUUAUACUCGGAGUGUCUCAAAAAUUAAUAAAAGAUUCCCAUUAUUUUUAUGCUACAUAAAAAUAUUAUGUACGUCCUCAUCCUAUAAAUAUUCUAUAUAUUUCUUACAUGUUUUUGUAAUCACUUUAUUUACCAAAGAUCUCAAACCGUGUUUAUAA